AUGGACGGCUAUGAUCAUUUGUUUAAACUUUUGUUGAUUGGAGAUGCAGGUGUUGGCAAGAGCAGUAUGCUGCUUCGAUUUACGGACGAUACGUUUGACGAUAACUUGCAGAGCACAAUUGGUGUGGAUUUCAAGGUGAAGAUGAUGCAGGUGGAUGGCAAAAAGAUUAAAAUGACUAUUUGGGACACUGCUGGCCAAGAACGCUUUCGCACAUUGACUAGUUCGUAUUAUAGAGGCGCACAGGGUAUUGUUUUGGUGUACGACGUUGCUCGACGAGAUACGUUUGAGAAUUUAGAUCUGUGGCUGCAGGAAGUAGAGGUGUACAGUCCGGCUGGUGGACGCGAUGUAGUGAAGCUUCUUGUGGGCAACAAGAUUGACAAGGAACGUGUUGUGAGCCGCCGAGAAGCUGAGAAUUGGGCAAGAUCCAAAGGCAUGCUGUUUGUUGAAAGCAGUGCAAAGACCAAAAUUGGCAUUCAGCAAGUGUUCAAUGAAGUUGUGCAAAAGAUUCUGGAGAAUCCUGCGCUUUUAUGCAACACGGCACCACGCAGCCGCGGACGAAAGCUCGACGGCAAAGUGGAGAAGGGUGCUGGCGGUAGCAGCGGCUGCUGUUAG